AGAAAGCAAGUGGCGAUGAGCUGUGCGCCGGUCCGUGUCAACGCCGGCUUCGCCGCCGGCGUCCUCUUCGCGCUCCUCGUCUGCUUCAUCCUCCAGCAGGAGGUUGCCAUCAGCGGCCUCAGCGUCGCCACCACGGCAGCAGUAGCGCAGUGGCUCACGCUUAAACAGCUGAGUAGAGAUCCUGCUGCAAUGCAGCUCAUAAAAGCUCCUGGUGAAAGUGAAACACUCGUCGCUUCUGACGUGCAGCGGACCCCGGACAUACAGCUGAUCCAAGGUUCAGAUAAUGGCAAGGUGGUGUGUAACAUGGAGGGCCGCUCGCGUGACUGGUCCGAAACGUGUGAAGUCAACGGCGACGUCCGCACCAACGGCACAGCACUGUCGGUGACCCUCGUCCCAGCGAGCAGGUCGUCGGAGCGCCGGGAGUGGAUGAUCUCACCGUACGCGCGCGGUGGCCAGAGCCUGAGGUCGGUCACGGUGACGCAGUUGCAGGACCGAUCCGCCGCCCCGCCGUGCACGGUGACACACACUAUGCCCGCCGUCCUGUUCGGGAUCGGGGGCUACGUGGGCAACUACUGGCAUGACUACACCGACAUUCUGGUGCCGUUGUUCGUCGCGUCGCGGCGGUACCACGGCGAGGUGACGUUCCUGGUCAGCAACAUCCAGCACCUGCCGCGGUGGCUGGUCAAGUACAGGGCCUUGCUGCAUGGGCUGUCCAAGUACGAGGUCGUGGACAUGGACCGAGACGCGUAUGUGCGGUGCUUCCCGCGCGUCACGGUGGGGCUCCACCUCGACAAGGAGCUGACCAUCGUCCCCGAGCUGGUGCCGGGGGCUCCCCUCACCAUGGCCGACUUCACGCGGUUCGUGCGCGAGACCUACGCGCUCCCACGCGAAGCACCGACCCGGGAGCCGGGCAAGAAGCCGCGGCUGCUGCUGAUCCACCGGGGGGACUUCCGCCGGUUCCUGAACGAGCAGGAGAUACUGCAGGCGGCGGAGGCGGCGGGGUUCGAGGCGGCGCUGUCGGAGCCGCGGGUGAACGGGUCCGAGACGGAGCAGGCGCGGCUGGUGAACUCGUUCGACGUGGUGCUGGGCAUGCACGGCGCGGGGCUGACGAACGCGGUGCACCUGCCGCCGGGCGGCGUGCUGAUCCAGGUGGUGCCGUACGGGAAGAUGGAGUACCUGGCGAGGGCGGAGUUCAGCGAGGGCGCGACGGACAUGGGGCUCAAGUACCUUGACUAUAGCAUAAGCGCGGAGGAGAGCUCGCUGAUGGAGACGCUGGGGCCGGAGCACCCGGCGAUCAAGGACCCUGAGUCCAUCCACCGCAGUGGUUGGGAGAAUAUGUUUAAGCUCUACCUUAAGCAGAACGCCCGCAUCAACACCACCCGCUUCGCGCCAACGCUGGUGCAAGCGUUCGACCACCUACGACAGCAGUAGGGGGGGAGGGCAUGCUCAUUAAUCCUGUUGUUUUCUUUGGUAGUUUUUUCUCAUUUUGGGUUAAUUGUAGCCUCCCGUUUUUCUUUUGUCAUUAUUUUCUCCUUUUCACUCGAUU